UCGCCACAUAUCAGGAUGUGCAACCCCGGAACAAAAUAAGACGGGCGACACGGUCCCUGUUUCGGCUGAUAGUAAAACUUACUGAUAGAAAAAAGGAGAGGCUGCUUCGAGGAAAAUAAUCAGGUGAUCAAGCAGGAGUGACUUAGAAUCAGAGGCAGAGUAAGAGACAACCUCCUACCCAACCGAAGUGAUAAAAAUGGAUUCAGACUCCAGCUCAAGCAGAGCUUCCUCGCCAGAUAUGGAUGGGAUGUACCUCCGAAACCAUCUACCAGACGGACGAGUCAAUUCCGUGUCCUCCACACAGAACGAGCUCAACCAGAAGAUGACGAGCGAGCACCUCUCUAGGAGCGGGGAGAAGACACCCAUCGGUAGCAAAUACAAACUCAAGAAGCAAGUCACCGAGGAAGAAAUCCAACAGCUGCGGUUGAAAAUCAACGGCAGAGAACGAAAGCGGAUGCAUGACUUGAACCUGGCAAUGGACGGUCUCCGCGAAGUUAUGCCAUACGCACACGGCCCGUCUGUGAGGAAGCUGUCAAAGAUCGCCACUCUUCUUCUGGCGAGAAACUACAUUCUAAUGCUGACGAGCUCCCUUGACGAGAUGAAGAGGCUGGUGGGAGAGAUUUACGGCGGACAUCACUCUGCUUUUCACUGCGGAACGGUCAACCACACCAGUGCGCACUCGGCGAGUCCUACGCACCAGGUGCAUCCGCUGCUCGGGGGCGCGCUGUCGUCGUCCACGCCCUCUACGUUAUCCACAACUCUACCUGGACUUACCUCCAUCAGGGCGCCUCACUCCUUAAUGAAAACCGCCCCUACGCCUCCACUCCAAAUCGGCAGUGGUUUUCAGCACUGGGCAGGGUUGCCGUGCCCAUGCACAAUCUGCCAGGUGCCUCCUCCACCGCAUGUUCCCAUUACUUCAACGGGAUUGACGAGACUUUCCUCCGAGAACAAGGAAGUGAUGAAGUAAUCGUGAACUCACAGGACUAUGGUGACAAGUGUCAUCGUGUAAAUUGUUUAUGGGCUGGACUCAAAAAAGUAACUUGCAUGAUAUCUUUGUCCAAUUAUUUGUUUGUUUUUUUCCCUUACGAUAUCAGAAUUCCCUCCUUGUAACAAGGAUCUCGUCAAAUGACAAAAGCAUUGAAAGGUAACUACUUUAUGGUUAUUUGACAUAUGCGUAUCUUAUACUUAUCCCCAUGUAAAUAAUUUGAGGGCAGAAGACUAUGCGCAUUCGCCGGAAAAUGUUCUAUUGUUUAACGUUAGGCAGAAUGUCACGUGUUUG